UAAUUCGUAUCCUAAAACCCCAUUUCACUAAAACAUAACUUGGAGCUAGGCAUUGAGAAAAUAGCUGCAAUUUAUCAAACAUGAACUUCUUGGGGGUACUAACAAUAUUUGUGACUGUCCUAGGAAUUGCCAUUGAUGGAUGCAAUUGCAAGACAGUGCAGUUCAUAUUUGGAGACUCCCUCUCAGACGUUGGAAACAACAAGUACCUAAGCAGGAGCUUGGCUCAGGCAAGCUUGCCAUGGUACGGUAUUGAUUUUGGCAAUGGAUUGCCUAAUGGGAGGUUCAGUAAUGGACGCACAGUGGCUGAUAUAAUAGGUGAUAUCACUGGCCUCACAAGGCCACCAGCCUUUCUGGAUCCAUCUUUAACAGAAGACAUAAUAUUGCAAAAUGGAGUCAAUUAUGCCUCAGGAGGUGGUGGGAUUCUGAAUGAAACUGGCAGCCUAUUUAUACAAAGGUUCUCUCUUUAUAAGCAAAUUGAGCUUUUUCAGGGGACAGUUGAACUGAUUCAAGCCAAAAUUGGAAAGGCGGCAGCAGACAAGUUCUUCCAAGAAUCUAGAUAUGUGGUUGCCUUAGGGAGCAAUGAUUUCAUCAACAACUACUUGAUGCCAGUUUACUCGGAUUCGUACACUUACAAUGACCAGACUUUCAUUGAGUAUUUAAUGGAGACACUCAAAGCACAACUUAAGAUUUUGCAUGGCUUAGGAGCUCGACAGCUGAUGGUUUUUGGGCUAGGUCCAAUGGGUUGCAUUCCACUCCAAAGGGUCCUCAGUUCAACUGGGAAUUGUCAGGAAAGAGCAAACAAACUGGCUCUCAGCUUCAAUCAAGGAUCAAGCAAGGUUUUAGAUAGUUUAACCAAAACACUUCCUAAUGCAACUUACAGAUUUGGAGAUAAUUAUGAUGUUGUCAAUGACUUGAUUACCAAUCCACAAAAAUAUGGAUUCAAUAACUCAAAAGAUCCAUGUUGCUCCUUUUACAAUAUUCGACCAGCUCUCACAUGUGUUCCUGCAUCAACAUUGUGCAAAGAUAGAAGCAAGUAUGUGUUUUGGGAUGAGUAUCACCCAACAGAUAGUGCCAAUGAGUUAGUUGCUAAAGAGCUCAUCAAGAAACUUGGAUUAAUGGAUGGUGGCGCACCCUCCCCAGCACCUGCAGCUAUUGCUCCUUCCCCAAAGUCUGCUCAUACUCAUUCCCCAAAGUCUGCUCAUGCUCAUUCCCCAACCUCUGCUAUUGCCCCAUCCCCAGAGGGAUAGUAUAUAAUCUAAUUAAGAAAUUGUUUCUGUUCAGCAAAUGCUAUUAUUGUUGUUCCAAUAUCUAUAUGGAAUAAUUUUCUUUGUAGUUUCCAAGAGUUGGUCAUGAAAUAAAGUAAUUAAUGUUAUGGUUUGUGUAUUCAA